CUUGAAGACAAUUCAUUACAUCACCCAUAUUUCUUGCAUUUUCCGCGCUAGAUUCGCGUGAAAGGCUGCAGUGCUUUCGCUUAAUUGAUUUUUUGGGCAUGACACCCACAAUUUGAAAAAAUCCCGGCACUAAGGUACGCACUAACCGGGAACGAACUGCUCGAUUCGACACACAAACAAAGUAUGAGCGUUCGACGGAGUGGCGGCAAGGACAGGACUGUAUCCAGGGUGAGAAAAUUUGCUUUGAACUGUGUGAGAUUUGACUGCAAGCAGAGCUACUACACUUAUCCUUAUUUAUGAAGGCGAGGCGCAAUAUGAGGUACAAAACGGGUCGCUUCCUACCACUGUGCACGCGAUUCGCCCAUGAGACGCCUUCCUCCAUAACACGAAUAUGGAAGGGUAUUUCAAAAUUUGCUCUUUUUUUGGACUUUCUAGAACUUUAGUGGAGUACCAUACAGUACGUUGUGCCAUUGGUAUAUCUUACAUCAACC